AUGCUAUCGUAUAGGACAAAAGGAUAUAAUGGUUAUGGUAUUCAAUAUUCACCUUUCUUUGAUAAUAAAUUAGCAGUAGCAACAGCAGCAAAUUAUGGAUUAGUUGGAAAUGGUAGACUAUAUAUUUUAAAUAUUGAACCAAAUGGUUCUAUAAUUGAUCAAAUAUCAUGGGAAACUCAAGAUGGAUUGUUUGAUUUAUCAUGGAGUGAAAUUCAUGAGAAUCAAUGCGUUGUUGCAAGUGGUGAUGGUACUAUAAAAUUAUUUGACAUAACGGUUCCUAAUUUCCCAAUAAUGCAAUGGAAAGAACAUCAAAGAGAAGUAUUUUCUAUAAAUUGGAAUUUAGUUGAUAAAACUAAUUUCAUAACUGCAAGUUGGGAUGGUACUAUAAAAAUUUGGUCACAUCAAAGGCAAGAAUCAAUGUUAACUUUAAAUCCUGGUGGAGUAGAUCAUACUACGAAAGUACAACCAAAUACAUCACAACAACUACCUCCAUUACUGCAUCAACAACAACAUCAACUAAAUCAACAACAAACAAGUACAUCAAAUUGUAUAUAUUCAGCACAAUUUUCACCACAUUCACCAUCAACAGUUGUAUCAUGUACAGGUGCAUCACAAAUUCAAAUUUGGGAUAUACGAUCACCACAACCUUUACAAUUACAUUUUGUAUCACAUAAUGGAUUAGAAACGUUAUCAGUAGAUUGGAAUAAAUAUAAAUCAACUAUAAUAGCUUCUGGCGGAACUGAUAAAUCAAUAAGAAUAUGGGAUUUAAGAAUGAUAUCAAAAUUAGAUCAACCAAUACCACAAAAACCAAUGCCAUCACAUCAUAAAUUUGGUCCUUCCCCAUUAAAUGAAUUUUUAGGUCAUGAAUUUGCAGUUAGAAAAGUUCAAUGGUCACCUCAUGAUUCUAAAGAAUUAAUGAGUACUUCUUAUGAUAUGACAUCAAGAAUUUGGAGAGAUGAAAGUAAUGAAAGAGCAAGAUUUUUAAGUAGUAGAGGUGGUGGUCAAAGUAAAAUAUUUGGUGAUCAUAGAGAAUUUGUUAUUGGUUGUGAUUAUAGUUUAUGGGGUGAACCUGGUUGGUGUGCAACUACUGGAUGGGAUGAAAUGGUUUAUAUAUGGGAUUCAAAAAGACUAUAA